AAUGCACCUCGACACAGUCGCUUCGCUGCUCACAUCCGCUUGACUCGCUAUUUGUGUUUGGCAAAAAAAAGAGGACUUUGUGAAACUGCAGCGAUGUCAGUCCAGGUUGUGGCAGCGAAAAUGGCAGAGGUCGAACUCAAAGACGUUCCCACCGGCAAAGACGCACUGGCUGGCUCCCCGAUGACACCGACCUCGGAGGGCAAGACCCUCGGCAGAAACGACCCGCACGAGGCCGGCUUCUCCGCUGCCGCGUCCCCAACAGCGGAGCCCUCCGCGAAAGCCGGAGAAGGCAGCCUGGGUUUGCUCAACCCGAACUCCGCGAAGAUGCCGCAGGCGUCGGCCAUGAAGCGGACCGACCCGCAGCAGAACGGCGGAGAGGCUUUCGUCAACCGCGACGGCACCGUGGCCGAGGCUCCGCGGAUGAAAAAGAUCCAGUUUGCGGACCAGAAACAGGAGUUCAGCAAACGUCCCUCCAAGAUCGGCCGGCGCUCCCUGUCCCGCUCCAUCUCCCAGUCGUCCACAGACAGCUACAGCUCAGCGGCGUCAUACACGGACAGCUCUGACGAUGAGACGUCUCCCCGGGACAAGCAGCAGAAGAACUCCAAGGGAAAUGGCGACUUCUGCAUCAAAAACCUCAAACAGGCCGACUUCGGCCGCAGAGAGAUCGAGAUCGCAGAGCAAGAGAUGCCAGCUUUGAUGGCGCUAAGGAAGCGAGCCCAGGGGGAGAAACCCCUCGCCGGCGCUAAGGUGGUGGGCUGCACCCACAUCACUGCCCAGACUGCUGUGCUGAUGGAGACUCUGUCAGCUUUGGGGGCUCAGUGCAGAUGGGCAGCCUGCAACAUCUACUCCACCCAGAAUGAAGUGGCAGCUGCCCUGGCAGAGGGAGGUUUCAGUGUGUUUGCAUGGAAGGGUGAGUCAGAGGACGACUUCUGGUGGUGCAUCGACCGCUGUGUCAACGUGGAAGGAUGGCAACCCAACAUGAUCCUGGAUGAUGGUGGAGAUCUGACUCACUGGAUCUAUAAAAAAUACCCCAACAUGUUCAAGAAGAUCAAGGGCAUUGUAGAGGAGAGUGUGACCGGCGUGCACAGGUUGUACCAGCUGUCCAAAGCCGGGAAGCUUUGUGUCCCGGCCAUGAACGUCAACGACUCGGUGACCAAGCAGAAGUUCGACAACCUCUACUGCUGCCGGGAGUCCAUCCUCGACGGCCUGAAGAGGACCACCGAUGUCAUGUUUGGAGGCAAGCAGGUGGUGGUGUGUGGAUACGGAGAGGUGGGAAAAGGCUGCUGUGCCGCCCUCAAAGCGAUGGGCUCCAUCGUCUACGUCACAGAGAUCGACCCGAUCUGUGCCCUGCAGGCCUGCAUGGACGGCUUCAGGCUGGUGAAACUGAAUGAGGUCAUCAGACAAGUGGACAUCGUCAUCACCUGCACAGGCAAUAAGAACGUGGUGGUGAGAGAGUACCUCGACCGCAUGAAGAACGGCUGCAUUGUCUGCAACAUGGGACACUCCAACACGGAGAUCGAUGUGGCGAGCCUGAGGACUCCUGAGCUGACCUGGGAGAGAGUUCGCUCUCAAGUGGACCACGUCAUCUGGCCUGACGGCAAGAGAAUAGUGCUGCUGGCUGAGGGUCGCCUGCUGAACCUCAGCUGCUCCACCGUGCCCACCUUCGUCCUCUCCAUCACCGCCACCACCCAGGCGCUGGCUCUGAUCGAGCUGUACAAUGCCCCCGAGGGACGCUACAAACAGGAUGUGUAUCUGCUCCCCAAGAAGAUGGAUGAGUACGUGGCCAGCCUCCAUCUCCCUACGUUUGACGCACACCUCACAGAGCUGAGUGACGAGCAGGCCAAAUAUCUGGGCUUGAACAAGAACGGGCCCUUUAAGCCAAACUACUAUAGGUAUUAAAAACCAGAGUCGGGGGGGGGUUGGACUGAAGAAAUGCAAAUACUCCAUGAACGGCACAGCCUCAUUGAAGGAGAGGAGGAGGAGGAAGAUGAGGAGAACAGAAGGAAGGACGGACGGACGGACAGUCAACACGCCUGCUUUGUAUUCGGGGGGGAGGAGCUCAGCCUGAGAGGGGAGGGGUAAGAGGGGGGGGGGGUGUUCCCUGCGCUUAUUGCAGCCGUUUUUAUUUAUUCACGCUCCACAAGAAUAAUGCUAACAUGACCUGACAUCCAUCACGGGCUCCCAGACAUCUUCCUCUGCGAGAUGUUUUACUUCUCUUCAUCUCGUCACUUCACCUCCAUUCAUUCUCUUUUUCUUUAGUCGCUCAUGUGUGUGUCGAUUUGUACGCGAUUUGUACGCAUCCUCCUUCGCCAUUGCCAGAUCUUUUUAUUGUUUAACUAUUAAAGAUGAAAUUAUUGAUGCUGAAAAGAUAUAUACUAUAUAUAAAAAAAUAAAGUUAAAAAAAAAAUCUGUGUGAAUGAAAGUGACCGUUUGAGAUUUAGUGACGGACAAUUUAAAUUUGUUGGUCUUUUUCUUUUCUACCUGUGAUUCUGUUUUUGGUUUUCUCUUGUUGGGGUUAGACCUAGUGGGCGGGGUUAGGCGGGAUCUCAGGGUCCAAUCAUAUGUCUUUUAUUUAAUCGUUUCAUUGAGAUUCUCUGUCUGUUUUUAAACUGUUUUUUAUGAUCAACCUGUAGUUCGUCAAAUCUUCUGUCGUAGUAUGACUGGACGGCGACCGGUGCUUCCCGCCUGUCACUCAAAGCCACGGUGAAACCAUCUCAUUGGCUGCUUCUUUCUCAGCUUCCAGCUGCUCACACGGCACCGGUGUUGAAGUGAUGAGAAGUAUUUCAUACUUGUGAAAGCUAUCCUUUUUCAUUUAGUCUCUUUCUUCACCAAGAAUAACUCAACUAUAUUUGAAGCAUGACAGGUUGACAGAUCAUUACAAGGGGUAUACUGUAUAUUCAGAUAUUUAUAUUGAAAUUUAAGAUUUUUCUAUCUUUUUCUCUCCUGCGUCAUCCAAUAUCAUUACUUUUGAAGAAAAGAAAAAAAAAUCAACAUGUCAAUAAAAUAAGCAAUUAAAUGUUCUAAUGAUAAGCGUAAUAAAUGUACUUAACACUCACUUUGCAUACUGUGACGGAAAAUAAUUACAGAGAUACCAAAUGAAUGCCACAGUGAUUUAUGUUCUUUACUUUCCAAGAAGCACAUUUACUUUCACUCAGAUUCAUGAACGUUUGCCUGUGAAGGGUUUUACUUAUUUUUAUUUUUUAAGAUCUCCAAACUUGGUGUUCUAUCCAUACAUUUUAGUUUGUCCUCCCCCCCCCCCCCCCCCUAAAAGGCUCGGCCCAUAUAAUGAUCUGCAGCCAAGUGCACCUGAACCAAUCCGGUCCGCGGCAACCUUUAGCCUGCUGGGAGACGCUGCUAGCGCUGCUCUCACACAGAUGGGUCAAAUGCUGAAACACACACACACACACACACACAGUUCUGAAAAUGUACUGCACUUUGUAUGGAAAAUAAAUUUGAUCCUUUCCAGAUUUUUCAAAUGGCACAACAAGCUUCUUUCUUUUUACCAGUUUAAGAAAUACUACAAAAUACAAAUAGCACAAUUCAUGCAUUUGUUUUGUGGUUGUGAUAUGACGAGUAACGACACAAUAUUUAAUACCAACCAAAGUCUUUAAAGGUUUUUUCUUUUUACAUUUUGGUAAAUUGCCACAGUCACUUUCUUGCAGAAAAUUGAGAAAAAGUACACCGAUCUCGUUGUAUGAUAAAUGUGUUGCAGGAGCUAGCAGCCAGUUGGUUAUCUCAGCACAAAGGUGACAACAACCUAGCCUAACCAACCUGGCUAGCUGUUUCCCCAAAUUGCCAAACUAUAUCUUGCAAAUAUAAAAUAAAAAACAAUUUGAAAGGUACAUCGGAACAUAAACCAAUAGCUCUCGUCUAUAUGCCACCAUGUAAUGACCAGAUCUCACACGACCUCAAUGUCACUUUGCUCCCUGCCAAUGUUUAAGCAUUUCUCUGUUGAGAAGCCCCUCUUCAAGUAGUGUGACCUGUUGUCACUAGUUUUUUUUUCUUUUUCUCCCUUUUGUGAGCGUGAAUGUGUGUCAAAAAGUAUGUUCCCUCUUGAGAGAAAGUGCGUGUGUGUCUAAAUAUCUUUCUGUGCUUGUACACAUCCUUUUUUUAGUUGGCCAUGUUGCUUUGCUAACCGCUGCCUCAGGAUCCGAGCCUGUGCGUUGGCAGGAGAACCCAAUGUGAGUUUUUUUUGUUUAGUCAGUCGUGAGCUGACCAACGGACGGGCGGGCGGGGGAAGACACCAGCAUCAUAUCCUGUAUGUAUACGCAUACGAUAUACAGAUAUGACAACCUUUACAAGUAGAGGAAGGUAAAAGAAGAAUCCACUCCACUGUAUUUAUUGUUGUAAAUCCUCAUACAGUGCAAACUGGUGAAAUUCUCAAACAUGUUUUAAGUUGUCUAAUUAAGAAAAGAAAGAAAAAAACCUAUGUUUAAAUAUUGCAAGUGAUAAUGGUAGAUGAUGAGCAAUAAUAAUAAUUAAAAAAACAUUAUGUAAUGUUAAUGAAUAAAGAUGUAAAAAUUGUAA